CAUUGAAAAAAACACAUAUAAUAAUAUUUAAAAAAAAUCAUAUGUUUUAGUAUUAUUUAAAAAAAUUCCUCUAUGUAAAAUUAUGACAUUGGAGUUUCCAAAUCAGUAAUCCUCCCUUCACUGGAAAUCUUAAAAGCUUAACCCAACUCCGGCGACCUCAAAACUCCCCCCUCCACCGUCCCGUCGAGAUGCGAGCUGCGGUGUGCCGUCAGAUUAUCUCCAGAUUUCGAUCGUCCACACUCUCAUCUCUCCAUUGUAGGACCAUUUCCGCCGCUCCAACUUCUCACCCCGGCGCUCUGUCGCCGCCCCUCUCACAACCCUCCAAAGCCUUGCCCAACCCUAACCCCCGGACUAUAACCCCAUCGGAAAGGCAAUUCGAUUCGUGGAUUAACAAACUCCGUCCAGGGUUCACUCCGUCGGACGUCGAUGAAGCCUUGCAGGCCCAAUCCGACCCGGAUUUGGCACUCGACAUUUUCCGGUGGACGGGCCAGCAGCGAGGCUACAAGCAUGAUCACGUCACUUACCACCGCAUUAUCCGCAUCUCCGUUUCCGGUAAGCGUUACCGGGCUGCUGAAACCCUAGUUGAGGAGGUCUUUGCCGGGGCUUGCGUGCCCAGUCUCCCCUUGUACAAUUACAUGAUUAGGUUCUGUUGCAGCCGGAAAUCGCUGUUCAACCGAGCAUUUGACAUUUACAAGAAAAUGCUGAAAUGUGAGGAUGCUAAGCCAAAUCUGGAAACCUAUACGCUAUUACUGAAUGCCCUGCUCCCUAAGUUUAACAAGCUGGCUGUUUCUUAUGUGUACAUGCAUUCCGUGAGAUCGUUAGCUGUGCAAAUGAAGGCAUCUGGUGUGAUUCCGGAUACUUAUGUUUUGAAUAUGAUUAUAAAGGCUUAUUCAAAGUGUCUUGAGGUUGAUGAAGCAAUCCGGGUGUUUCGUGAAAUGGGAUUAUACGGCUGUGAACCAAAUUCAUACACAUAUAGUUAUUUAGCCAAGGGGUUGUGUGAGAAGGGGAGAGUGGAUCAGGGAAUGGGGUUCUAUAAGGACAUGAGGGACAAGGGCUUUAUCCCCAAGGGAAGUACUUACAUGAUUUUGAUAUGUAGUCUAGCAAUGGAGCGGAGAUUCGAGGAAGCUAUUGAUGUGGCCUUUGAUAUGCUGAGCAAUUCGUUGUCUCCUGAUUUGCUGACUUAUAAAACUGUGUUGGAAGAGAUGUGUAGGGAUGGGAAAGGGCAAGAUGCAUUUGACCUUCUUGAAGAAUUUAGAAAGAGGGAUAGUUUCAUGAACGAGAAGACCCACAAGUCUUUGUUGAGCGUGUUGCAUUAUUUAAAUGAGAAGUAGAGGGCUGCUGUCUUCUUGAAGUCAUUUGAAACAUCAAAACCACACCUGUUUUUUGGAUUGGCCUAUAUUUUCAUUGGGAAGAGUAUGGGAGAAAAGACAUAGCUGAGUAUAGCUUCUAAACUAUGCCAUGGAGGGGUCCGAUCCCCUUGCACACUUGAAUGGGAUAAUCAAUGGGUAUUGGAGGUAUUUGCAGGCCGGCCUCGAUUGGCUGCAUUUUCAGCUGAAAUGGGGGAGUUAUAUGCUUUUUUUUCAAGAAAAGGCGAAUAUUCUUCAUUGAAACAAUAGGACGCAGAACAAAAGCAACGACAUGAAAAGAUCACUGGCCAUCAGAAGAAUGAAGGAGUAAUAGUUUGGAUCUGAUUUAGCGAUACAUGGCAGUGUUGUGUGCCGAUUACUUAGUUCCAUUGAGCGAAAGUUAUGUGCAAGGCUUCAUUGAUUUGAGUAAGCUUAGAUUUCUUUUCUCAAGUCAUGUAAAUGUGUAACCUUCAUCUUCUUCGCACUUGUUUUUCCGGUGUCUCUGCUCUCCUUAAAGCCCCUUUUACAUAUUCUCUUCCCCAUAAAUAACUCAUAAUUUU